GAAUUUGAGAAAUUCUGGAAACGACUAUCAUUCUGGAAUUUAGUUGAUAAAACAAAUAAUCCAAAAUGUUUGAAAUUUAUAAACCAGCUCUUAAGAGAUAGUGAAAAUGUUGAUAACAUAUAUGAUCAUUUUCCCUCUCCCAGUGACGAGAGUAAUAAUAAUGACAAUAUAGGAAUUAUAAUUAAAGGUUUUAAUUGGACUGGAACUAUUCAAGUUAGUCGUGACGAUAAAAUUGCUGAUGUAAAAGAAUAUAUUAGAGAAAAUUAUGAGAUUGAGAUUGAUGAACAAACUAUUCUCUAUAAAUAUGUAAUCUUGGAUAACUUUAAAAAAAUUAGAGAUUUAAACAUCAGCUCUGAAGAAACAAUAAAAGUCAUUCUUCCAACUCGUGUAAUUGAAAUACCUGCUUCUUCAGGAGAUAAAGUUAGUAGUUUGGAACAAGCCAUUUUUGAAAGAGCAGGCAUCUGUGAGGUUUUAAAUGAAUCUGGUUAUCUUAAUUCUACUCUUGAAUAUUUUGACAUUUCACCUUGUCAACCUAGCAAUAAAAAUAAUAGUCUCAAUACUUUGUUUUGUACG